AUGAGGUACAAGCAUGUAAUUGAUGUUGUGGUAUCUGCAGAUGUGAAGGGAAUCAUCGAGUAUUGGAGCCUUGCUACUCGUGAGUUCCUGGAGAAAGAGCUUUCUGGCUCCAUUUUCAUUAGUUUGGUGUCAAGAUUUAGAACUGGAUUGGAAUUAGAAAUCGGGAGCUCAUUGGCCUAUUUUUUCCUUCAACUUAUAAUAACAGCUCAUUGGCCCUUUAAUAAAGGAAGUGGAAGAGGACUUAAGGGAAUCGGUGAAAAUGCUUGGCGUGUUAAGGUUGUUGCUGGUGCAGCACGUGGAAUCUUAUAUCUCCAUGAGGAUUGUCAUCCUCGAAUUAUUCACAAGAAUAUCAAGUCAUCUAAUAUUGCUUUAGAUAACAACUUUGAAGCUUGGGUUUCAAACUUUGGGCUUACCAAAUUAGUUGUUGAUGUAGACACACACACACAAGCACCUGUGUCAUGGGAACUUUUGGAUACAUGGCUCCAAAGUUGCAAGCAUGUGGAUGCCUCUCAGCCAUUGGGUGAGGAUAGCCUUGUUGAAUGGGCCUGCCCAUUGCUUUCUCGAGCACUUGAAGAUGGUGACUUUGGAGGGUUGGUGGAUCCAAGGCUAGAAAAUAACAAUGUUGGAGAUUAA